GCAUUCCUUCCUCAGGCGCCGCUCCUUCGUGUUUCUUGAGUUUCUUGAGAUACCCAUUGUUGUCUUGUUCACGUUACUUCCUUUCGCGUCCUAAUCCUCUAAUCCCACCCUUGCCAUGUCCAGCCGCGACCCAUCCCUCGACCAGCAGCCUGGUCGCAGCGGCCCCGACUACGCUCACGACCACCAGUCUGCCGCAGGCGCAGCUGCCGCCGCCGUCAAGGACGCCAUUGCCCCCCAGCCCGGCCAGCACUUCAGCAACGAGCAUACUGUAAACCCCGAAUAUACCCAAGGCGACGUCCCUGUGACUCGCGAGGAUGGCACAUAUGGCGUUGGACAGGGUCCCCAGGUCAUCAGCACGACUGGUGCGCUGGAGGUCCAGUGUGGCCCGCUGCUGAACUACAGGAGGAUGAGCAACGAGCUGGGAAGGCCGACCUGGCACGGCAGUGUCCUCAUUGUCACCACGCCCGGCCAGCUUGAACCUGAGCUGUUGUUGGCCGAAGUGGGUCCUGUGGAUGGUUCCGCUGUCUCUGGUACCCAGACUCAAAGCUUCAAGGGCUUCAAGCUAUACGAGGACCCGCGCAAGGCCUUCUGGCGUUUCUUGAUCCAUCUUCCUUUCCAGGACUACGAGGCGCGCUGGCAGUACAAAAUCCCCAACUUGCGCGUCGUCGAGGGCUCUGGCAAGGGCGACCCGUCCACCAGCACCUUUGUUGUGCCCUCGGCCAGUCAGUCUAUGCGCAUUCUCUUCCAUUCUUGCAACGGCUUCUCUGUUGGCACCGAUGUCGACGCCUGGUCUGGCCCCGCUCUCUGGAAUGAUGUCUUGCGCGUCCAAGAGAAGAAGCCCUUCCAUGUUAUGAUCGGUGGCGGCGACCAGAUCUACAACGACGGCGUUCGUGUCGAUGGGCCGCUGCGCAGCUGGACUGACAUUGGAAACCCCAAGAAGCGCAGGGACUUCCCUUUCAAUGAAGACUUGCGUGCCGAGUGCGAUGAGUACUAUUACAAGAACUACGUUCGCUGGUACAACCACAGACCGUUCUCGGAUGCCAACUGCAAGAUUCCGCAAUUGAACAUCUGGGAUGACCAUGAUAUCAUUGACGGAUUUGGCUCUUAUACUGACCAUUUCAUGCGCUGUGCCGUGUUCCGCGGCAUUGGUGGUGUUGCUCAUAAAUACUACCUUCUCUUCCAGCACCAUCUCGCUCCUCCGAAGAGCACAUUCACCACUGAUGCUCCAAAGACCGUGGAUCAUGGUGAAGAGGGAACCCCGGCUGAUCCUGUUCAACUGAAGGAUACCUUUGUUGCCACCGAGCCCGAGGAUGACCCAUCCUACAUCAUCGGUGCGAAACCGGGCCCCUAUGUGGAAGAGCGCAGUCGCUCCAUUUAUUGCCAGCUUGGUGCUCGCAUUGCUUUCCUCGGCGUGGAUGCUCGCACUGAGCGCACCCGCCACCAGAUCAACUACCCGGAAACCUAUGACUUGAUGUUUAACCGUGUAGCUUCGGAAUUGGAGGCGAACAAGGAGAUCAAGCAUCUGAUCCUCCUUCUCGGUGUGCCUAUCGCUUAUCCACGUCUGCAGUGGCUCGAAAACAUCUUCCAGAGCCCCGUUAUUGGUCCCAUCCGUUUCAUGAACAAGCGAUUUGGUCUUGCUGGUGGUUUGUUUAACCACUUUGAUGGCCAGGUCGAUUUGCUUGACGACCUCGACGACCACUACACUGCGCAUCAGCACAAGGCGGAGCGUAAGGAACUCGUUCUUCGUCUGCAAGAAAUUUCCAAGAAGAACAGCGUUCGUAUCACUAUUCUUGGUGGUGAUGUGCACCUUGCAGCUAUUGGACGUUUCUACAGCAAGCCUGACCUCGGUAUCCCUGCGGAGCGCGAUCACAGAUACAUGGUCAAUGUUGUCAGUAGUGCCAUCACGAACAAGCCGCCUCCUCAGGCGGUUGCAAACUUGCUCGCUCGUCGUAACAAGAUCCAUCACCUUGACCACGAAACCGACGAGACACUGCUUGAGCUUUUCGACCGUGACCCGGGUCACUUCCCAGGAGAGAAACGCCCUGAUGUUGGCAAGAAGACAGCCGACGGUAACCACGCCACGAUGCCGUCGCGUAACUACGCCAUCAUCACGGAGUCGCAGCCGCAGACAGGGGCAGGCCAGGUCCUCGCGAACGGCCACACGGCUGCUACGACGUCCAACACGCUGACUGUCCCCGAUGGCUCCGACUUGGCGCAACAGCGCCCAGUCUCGGCUCCCAACGGUGCAACGACUAACAUCGUUAGCGAUGCCUCGACCGUCGCGCCGCCCUCAACGGCGGAUGGCGCGAGGAGCGACGUGGGCCCCUCUGCUUCCGUCAGCGAGGCCCCGAGUGGCAAGAAGCAGAACCCCAGAAAGCCGCUGCAUGCCGGCGAGCACAGCUCCGGCACGGCGCAUCCGGCUGCCAGCGGUGUCGACCACUCCGGGAUGGGCGGCAUGUAUGGUCUCGACGUCGCGAUUCGCGUGGAGAUCAGCCCGAAGGAUCCGACGGGCCAGACGGACGGCUAUGGUCUUUGCAUUCCGGGCCUGGAGGUUGACGCGUUUUCAUCGGUGUAAGAUGCGCUGAUUUAAUGAGUUAUUUGAUGCAUGUCGCCUCGUGUUUGGACAUUGUCAGUCUAAUCGGCUUCUGCAUGUUGUCCGUUUUCUUCACUACCGCAUGAAGCCUGGGAGGUUUCUCUAUUUCAUUGCACUUUGCCUUCUGUAAACUACCCCGCGAGCUCUAGUCUCGGCAUGUUCAAGCAUAGGAAUUUAGUUACUGUUUUUGUUGUUCUAUCAGACAUUAGUCUGCUGACUUAGUUGAGCACCCGCACAUGUCAUUCAUGAACCACUGUUUGACCUGAAAACUGGAAUAUUCAAAUUGUAUCUACCUAGCU